UUUUGAAAAUAUACAGUUUUAUGAUAAAGAUGAAAAUAUAUUGUGUGGAAAUACGUCGAUAGUUUCCCUCUCAUUAUUUUGUUUUCUUUUAAUUGAUUUUGUAGAUUAAAAGAAAGAAAGAAAGAAAAAAAAGUCACACAUAAAGAUAAAAAGACAAAAGCAAAUCGAAAAAUACAAAAAACAACAACAACAAAAAAAAAGAAAAGAAAAUAAAGUUGAAAAUAUAGUUGAAACAAAUAUUAACACGGCCAUGGCUAUCAACGUAGUCAUUCCACUGCUUAUUCCACUGGAGGAAAAUCUUCACAAUGCCACACGUCUGCUCUCAGAGGCGGGCGGGAGUCGACUCGAGUUCACGGAGGUUCGUUACUGCGCCGUCAUCCCGGAGGACGCGGGGGUCGCCUCUGACGUCACGACAGUUAUGGCUAUCCCGAAGAACGGCGAGUCGGUGACGUACAGCAUCACGGGAGGCAACCGAGAUGGCCUCUUCAGCAUCGACCAAAGCACAGGCACUAUUUCAGUCGCCGCGCCUUUGGAUUAUGAAUUACAAGAUAAGCACGAGCUGGUGGUGGGCGCGUGGGCGUCCGCGGGCGGGUGGGCGGCGCACGCGGUGGUCGAGGUGGAAGUCGCCGACGUCAACGACCACGCGCCGUUCUUCGUGCGCGCGAGUCCGCAGGUCACGCUCAUCGAGGAGGACGACCGCGACCUGCCCGCGUCCGUGCUCAAGGUGGGUGUCCUUAUGCUCAGUCUCACAGUGGGUGACCUUCCUGCAUCCGUGCCUAAGGUGGGUGUCCUUAUGUUCAGUCUCACAGUGGGUGACCUUCCUGCGUCCGUGCCUAAGGUGGGUGUCCAUGUGUUCAUUCUCAGAGUGGGUGACUUUCCUGAUCCCGUGCUCAAGAUGCUCCUUCCCAAGGUGGGUGAAUUUUUUAUGACCAUUCGCAAGGUGACCUCAGCGGCCGUGCUCAAGGUCAAUAUCCUUCACAUGCUUAUUUUCAAGGUGGGUGGCCUUCCUGUGUCCCUGCUCAAGCUUGGUAAAUUGACCUCCGAGCGUUUCUGGCGAAGUGUGGAAACGUUCCAGGUGUGUCCAUAA